UAUAGAUUAAAGACACUCUGACACAAAGGAGUCCUGUCUGUUCCCCAAAAUAAAACAGAUUCAGUAGUUUAGGUCAACUGUUUCUUCAAAUGUUGUUGUCCUCCUGUUGUUCCGUGCACACAUUGAAACACACACACACACACGUCACACACGUCACACACACACACACACACACACACACACACACACACACACACACACACACACACACACACACACACACACACACACACACACACACACACACACAGCACCAUAGUGACACCAGGCCUCGACCCAGCUGGGAUUAAUUAGUGACUUAACAACACAGCACACACGUCACACAUCCGCAAACACAUCUUCAGAUACCUUUAACCAGCAAACGGCGACUAAAACACACAAGUGAACGCUAGACACCGUUCAAAAGUGGUUUUCCUUUUCGGCAACAUGUUUUCAAAGUGCAAUCCUUGUUCCGUUGUUAAAUAUGAUGUGUACUCGAUACGUGUUAGCCCAGGCUGUGUUUUGUCUGCAGGUUUGUGUACCCCCACGCGCACGUCGCUGACUUUGAUGGUAGUAAGUCUCGGACAGGGUUUGGAAAACAGCCACCGGAGGCUUAACCUUCAAGGUGAAGGUCUGUGUUCAUGGGAAUCUGUUGUUUGUCCUGAAUGCAGUUUUCUCCUCUGUUGUCUAGGUGACCGCUGCCGUUCUGGGACCCGGCAGCUUUUCCAGUGAGAUGGCAGUGAGUCAGCUCAUACCGCUGGGAAUUUCUUUGUCGAAUUGCACAAAUCGACAAAAAGUGACAUGAUACUAUUUACUCUAUAAAACACUUAUUUUUUUUGCUCUAUUGGAUGGAUAUUAAUCUAUUUUAUAAAAUACAAGGCAUCUUAAGUGCACAUUGAAAGCAAUACAGCUUUCCAUCAAGUUCUGGUUCGGUCUCCUGACACCUUCGGGAAUAUUAUUGUGCCGACCGUCUACUGGGGUCCAGCUGUGGCCAGGCGCUUCCCAAACGCCCCCUCAUCCCCGGGACCCCCGGGUGGGUCGCGUCCCCCUCGGCGGGCGCGGAGGCGCACUGCCAUGCCCGAGCUCGAGCACCUCCCCCCCACUGGGGGCGCCCCCGGGAGCCCCGACCCCGCCCGGAUCCAGCGGGGCCUCCUGGAGGAGCAGGUGGAGCUGUGGUGGUUCCGGGAGCCGGGCAAGUCCCUGUUGUGCUACUGCGUGGCCGUGCUGCUGGUCCUGGGCUGCGGCCUGGGCGGCGUGGGCCUGCUCUCCACCACCACCAGCGCCUCCAGCGAGUGGCGGCUGGGCGCCGGCACCUCGCUCUGCCUGCUGGCGCUGGGCGUGCUGCUGAAGCAGCUGCUGAGCUCCGCCGUGCAGGACAUGAACUGCGUGCGCAGCCGGCGCCGGAUCGACGUGCUGAAGAGCGGCGGCCUGUCGGACCUCGUGGUGGUGCUGGUGGCCGGCUCGGCCAUGCUGCUGUGCGGCGCGGCGCUGCUGCACCUCGCCCUGGUCGACCACAUGCCCAAGCCGGGCCAGGCCCUCCACGACAUGUACGUCUCCGGCGUGGUGCUGCUGGCGGCCGGCGGGGCGGCCGUGGUCGGCGCGGGGCUGUACUCGGCGGCCGUGGUCCUCCUGGAGAGGACCAGGAUGGGCCGGAGGCUGGUGGACCGGCUCACCAGCAUCUUCACCGUCUCGGGACAAAUGGAGCGGCGCCGGGAGACCACCUCCAGCCUCGCGAACCUCAUAUGAGCCACGCUCCGCCUUCAGGCUCUGGAGGGCCGACGGGGACGUCACCCCAGCAGCCACCGUGGUUCAUCACUGCUCAGCUGCGAGGUCUCUGGAUGGAUUAAUGGAGUCUGAGGCAGCCGGGAACCUGGGACGGUAAUCUGCUCCUCCCAGCUCCUGUCUCGGUUAUGAGACCUGAUCCAGACAGACCUGAGAGCUGGAGGGGGGUUCUGGGACCAGCGGGGUUCACAAACACCACCUGACCUGAUGGGAGGGUAGAGGCCCUAACAGACUGCACAAGGGUUUAAUAAUUCAGAAGAGACGAUCCUUCAGCCGUCCUCCUUAGAGGAUAAACAGGGAGAUUAGGCUGACCUGGUUUAUUAAGGUUGCAUGGAGAUAUUUCUCACCACCUGUGUUGCACAACAAUAACUCUGAUAAAUGAUAACUCUUGGUAAUGAUAACGAAAUGAUAACUCUUGGUAUCAUUUCGUGGAAGUCACCAGGGCUCCAUGUGCAGAGAUUCUCUCCCUCUGUCCCAUUGGUCGAGGCUCUCUGCGUUGAUUACCUCAACCGACGAAGCCGCUGAGUCCACAAACCAAGUUGGUUAGCCCAAGUGGCCUUGAGCAGAAGCAUCGACACCUAACUGCUCUUUAUGUACUGUGUGUGAGUGGCUCUGUGUUGGAGCGUGAGUCCGAGCAACACGGGUGGAUAGAACGAGUCUCCCAGCCCACCUGAAGAACAAGUUUAGACGUGAGGUGAUGCAUCAACUGAGGGCCGGAGUGGAGGUUACUAUGCAACGUUUAUCUUAAGGAACAGCUUUAAUGUUAUAUUUAAUCAAUUUGCAAUUAUUCUUUUUAUGUAUUUUUCUGUAAGUGCCGUUUUAUUUUCAACCCAGAAUGUUUGGAUUCUUAAUUACCUGGGGCCUUAUGAGACUCUUACAAAUCAAAGAAUAGUAGAGUUGACGUUAUGUGAGGACAAAUAUCUCAGUGACCAUUGAAAGAUAGAAUGAAUACAGAUGUUGGAUGUUCUUUACAGCCAUAAAGACAAUUCUGAAUGUCAGCAGAAUAAUAUCUAAAGCACACGGAUUGAAUUGAAGUGCGAAAACAAAAGCACAUGAAGUAGGAAUGUACCUUAUUUAAGAAUUUAGCAAUUCAUUUUAAGUGGGAUUGGACAAUUAUAGAAUAACCUAAAUUUGAUGUUAAUUUAUGAAAGAGGUGAUUCGUUUUUAUUGCAUUAUGUUCAUUUAAUUUAAAGAUGUAUACACAUGUAACUUUAGUUUGUUUAAACUUCCAUAACAGAAGUUUGUGUGAGAGAUCAUUUGCUUUAUUUUGCGAUACUAACUUUAGUAUGUAUCAUGUGAAUAAUGCAGAAAUGAGGAACCUGCUUUAUGAACUCUUUGAUCAUGAUCAGACUGUUAAACUCUGAAUUAUUGAUUGUAUUGCUGGUUGUGAAUGUGUUGGAACAGGGUAGUAUUAACACUGUGCCCACCAACAUUAAAGUUCCCCAGGAUGAAAUGUU